AUGCCUCCCAAGUCCGGAAAGAAGGCCGCGCCUCUGCCUUACCCUCAGGGUAAGGCUGGUGCUAGCAAGAAGGCUGCCAAGAACCCUCUCCUCGAGAAGCGCCCUCGCAACUUCGGUAUUGGCCAGGACAUCCAGCCUAAGCGCAACCUGUCCCGCUUCGUCAAGUGGCCCGAGUAUGUUCAGCUGCAGCGCCAGAAGAAGAUCCUGAGCCUCCGUCUCAAGGUCCCUCCGGCUAUUGCUCAGUUCCAGAACACCCUCGACCGUAACACUGCUGCCCAGACCUUCAAGUUCCUCAACAAAUACCGCCCUGAGACCAAGGCCGAGAAGAAGGAGCGUCUUCACCAGGAGGCUACCGCUGUUGCUGAGGGCAAGAAGAAGGAGGACGUCAGCAAGAAGCCGUACAAUGUCAAGUACGGUCUUAACCACGUCGUUGGCUUGAUUGAGAACAAGAAGGCUUCUCUUGUCCUCAUCGCCCACGACGUCGACCCCAUUGAGCUGGUUGUCUUCCUUCCCGCUCUCUGCCGCAAGAUGGGUGUCCCUUACGCCAUCGUCAAGGGCAAGGCUCGUCUCGGAACUGUUGUCCACAAGAAGACUGCUGCAGUCCUGGCUGUCACUGAGGUCCGCUCCGAAGAUAAGACCGAGUUCGCCAAGCUCCUCACUGCCGUCAAGGAGGGCUACUCCGAUAAGUACGAGGAUGCCAGACGCCACUGGGGUGGUGGCAUCGUCGGCUCCAAGGCCCAGGCUCGCAUUGAGAAGAAGCGCAAGGCCGCUGAGGCUGCCGUCAAGAUCUAA